AUGGCGUACUACGCUACUUCACUAUUAUGGAUGAAGCUAAUUGACGUGAAGGCAAAAGAAGGAGGAGUAGCUCUUACUACCGAGGAAAAGGCGAUUAGAAAAGCUGUCAGCGAUGAACAUUUUAAUGUACCACAGCGCCUUUUCACCUACUUGGUAAAAAUAGGAAACUGCACCGACAAAAUGGGCAAAGAGACGAGAUUACAAGUCCCAGCCCUACCAAUCACUGUAGUACAAGGGCAUGGUGGGUAUCAUGCAAAUGCAGUAAACGAGGAAACGCAUAACUUAUUCGAAGAGGUUCCGUCUUUAGCAAUCGCCGGAGAUAUGGUUAUGGCUCUGCCUGCAGCAGAUCUCGAACGCAUGCCAAACUUCAGGAUUAGAAGUCCAGCCGGAACGCGAUUCACGCAAAAUUUGGUUGGAAACACGCUACCGAUAGGACCUAGAAGUCCAGAAAUCAUACAACGAUUGGCUGGCUACGGCAUCACAGCGAAUGCAUUCACAGAAUACGUGCAAGGAACACGCUUUAACUUGAAAUAUGUCAAAUCGAUCCCCGACAUUGUUGGAAGAACAGAGACAUUCAGAAUAGAGAAUUUUAUGUAUUAA